UUCAGGAUUUUUUGGAGACAAAAUGGUUUUGCUGGACAAUCAAGCCGUCCUCGAUGCGCUUCUUCUCAAAGCCAACCGGCUGUCAGAAUCUUUUCAGAAAGGCGGUUGGAGCUGCGAAGAGGUCUCGGAUGCUUCAAGGUUUGAUUUAAGACCGGAGAAAGAGAGAAAACCGGCGAAGAAGUUUCUCGCCUGAACACGUUGAAAAAAUGAAACAACUGACAGAAUCGGUUUCCCGAUGAUAGUAGGCGUCAAAUUUCCAUUUUCUUUUCUUUUUAUUCUUUAUUUUUUUAAAAGAAAUUUCUCAAGUUCUC